AUGGAGCGUCAACACCGACUUCACCGGCACCGUUCAUCUCUGGAAGGGGUUAUCGUUCCUUCGCCUCAACCCUUGAAGGUUGAAGAGCGCAGUCUCGCGAUUCAAGUUUUUGAUAAUAUUAUGCUGCACUUUGAACCUUGUCAGGCAACUAAUAUUAGCUAUAAACCAGUGACACUUAUUAAGCUUAUGAAAAAUAAGGUUUCUGAAAAGGAUGAGUUUCUGGACCUCUUCUUUACUUUUAUUCAGCAAGGGCUGCUCAGUGAGAGGGAAGGGACUGGUCUAGAGCAAAUCUUAUCCCACCUUAACAGAUUUUGUAUCUGGUCGGCUGAAGAGACAAAUGCAUUACAUGAUUGUCUUGUUGCUUUUGCCAAGGAUUUUAUAGACAACUUCUUACCAUUAAAAUCGUUGGCAGUAAAAACCCCCCAACUCACCCCGGCUCUUUCCCAUCCUAGGACUCCGGAAGCCACCAUUGGCACUCCUCAACGUGUCUCAACUUCGCGACAAGCCUGUCUUAUACGUGACCGCCACCGAUGUAUCAUUAGUCGGAAAUUUAAUGCCCAAGAAGGCCAGAGACGAUACAAGCGGGAUGGGUCUAAUUUGAAGGAUGAUGAUGGCAAGUCAUUGCUUGAGGAACGAGAUAAUAUGGCAUUUCUGGAAGUCGCGCAUAUUAUACCUCACUCUCUGAUGUCACUUACCAGCGAAGAAAACGAAUGGGGACUUGUAAGUGCGCAUGUUCUGAGUGAUUUAACAAUCAUACUUGCUGACUAUAUUCAGGCAGAUUCAAAGCAGAUGGCUUAUAGGAUCUUGAGGAUGUUUAACCCCAGCGCUAUCCACCUGAUUAAUGGCGUUGAUAUUAAUCGACCAAUGAAUGCACUGACCCUGACUCAUGACCUUCACAAGUUAUUCAGUAACUUUGAUAUUGCUUUUGAGCCGGCUGGUUCCCAACCUCAUACCUACAAAAUUAACUAUGUAGAGACAGACCGCAUAGGUCGGGUGGAAAGGCUCCCAGUGAUUCGUACACUUUAUCUUACACCGGAUCAAAGUAUAGAUCCGCCUUCUCCUCAGCUUCUUAAAAUUCACGCUGCUAUUGGACGCAUCCUUCAUCUCAGCGCAGCUGGUGAUUAUAUUGAUGAUCUCCUUCGGGAUAUAGAGGAAAUGGAGGCUGGCAAAGUGAUGACGAAUGGAUCAACCCGACUCGAUGACUAUAUUAGGUUCAGGCUCGGAGAGACGUCUGUAUAUUAG